AAAGCUUUAGGAACCGUUUGAAAAUUUCUAACUUAUAGUAAAAACUAAUCUUUCAACACGUGGCAGAGUUUAUGUUAUCUUUCUCGUUUGGUAUCGUUUACCCCUUAAUAAAUAUAUGUAUAAUGUGUUGCUUAUUGUUUAUAUUAAUCUUCGCGGGAGCAUUUGCUCAAGGAAAUAGCUUCGAAGUGCAUUUCGAAGAGACCUAUCCCACUCAUCACCUCAGCUCGGAUCAGGACUCGAUGCUACACAAACGGGCAGCGGAUGUGCCUCAGUUCUUUGAUCAAGCCAGCUUUAGCUUCGAUGGCUUAACCCGAGUGGCCUCUGUGCCCGUGCCCUUUCCCUUGGACAUUUGCAUCUUACAAUUGCCCACGGUCAAGUAUGCCACAUCCCUGCACAAGAAUGUGGCUGGAGUGCGUCACUUUGCCGUCUAUGAAUGGCGUCCUGCCGACCAGGCUUACCAACUGCUGGUCCAACUACCCGCACCGAAGGCGAUAGCCCUCGACUGCCUAGCCUUUGCUGGGCGCGGCUACGUGGCCCUGAGCUACAAUCUAACCGAGCCCGUAAAUCAAGCCCGCGAGGGUUCCCCCAUCUACGAGCUCUCCCCGGAGACGGGAAUUCGGACAGUUCAGUACUUUUCUGGAACCCAGCUGCGAGGCAUGUAUCUGCGGAUCAGCAGCCAGGAGCUGACUCUUCUGCAGGCUUUUGACUCGGCAGCACAGUGUCCCUACUUCAAGUGGAUGGGUCGAAGUUUCCAGCGUCUGGGAUCAAUUCCCUGCAGCAAUGCCCGCCGGUUAGAGGCCUUUGGCGUAGACUAUACCGACUAUGUGGCUGUGGCCAACUAUGCGGAUGCCGAGGGACGAACCACCACCCAUUCGGAAAUCUUUAGGUACGACGCCAAGACACAGAAGUUUCAGCUUUUCCAGCGACUGCGCAGCAAUGGAGCCGUCGAUGUGAAGUAUUUCAGUUUGCCAGUGAACGAGGUUAGCAGGCGACAUUUCCUGAUUCUGGGCAACACUAUUGGUGGAGCCAACGGCGAGGCGGACACCGUAAUAUAUGUGUUUGAAAAGGGCCAGUUUGUGCCCUAUCAGCGGCUGAGUUUCUUUGCUCUGGAACGGGUUCUGCCAGUUCAGCAUUCUGUGUCUGAGAAGUUUCUGCUCCUGGUGGCCUGCAACAAGCAGGACGUCAAGAUCUUCAACCUCAAUGAUUGGAGGUUCGAAGAGUCCAAGGUUCAGUUUACAGAAGGUGCCAUGAGCCGCGGCGUUGCCAGAAUGAGAAGUUAUGAGGAGGGGCCACAGAGCUUUUUAGUUAUUUCUAAUGAAAACAUGGCCGCCAAUGAGACGAACAUCUUCCAGCCUCUGUUCAAACAGGACGAGCAUGCCAAUAUACUUCGACAGCAAAUUAUUGACUGGGCUCGGGAGCAGAGAAAGCGGUUGGAGCGGGUGAAUAUAGAGGAGCUACUACAGAGGUUACAGGUAAAGCAAAAGAAACGUCAAGAGAAACUUCAGACGGCGCACAUUAAAAAAGUGAAAGCCAAAUCGUUUGAGGAUCACGACAUGCACCUGACUCCUAAGUACUGGAAAGCCUUGCAGUUGGCCAACCAAGCUCUGGAUAUUAUAGAACACAAAGCUGACACAGCCAUCACUAGACAUCCCGCUAAGAGAGCCGUCAAAGAAACCAAGGAGCAACACAAUUUCGAAGAGGUCAUCGUAGACACUCUGGUGGUGCACGGAUCCGUUCAAGCAGAUCGUAUCAAUGGAGUUGAUACCAAGAACCCUGUUUACGAGUCCGUCACAGCCAACAAAGUAUACGUGAGUGAAAAGUACACAGAACCAGCUAGAAAACAAAAGAAGCCGCUUCUCGAAGAGCUGACUGUAAAAGACCUUAAACUGGAGGGCAGGCUGAAUGGCCUUAGGUGGAAAGAUCUCUUGGAGCAGACGCUAAAACGCAGCGACACGGAUGUGCAGUUCAUCAAGGCCAUAGCGGAGAUCACAAAUCUGAAGACCGAUGCUGCACAGAUAAACGGCAAUGAGGUCAGUGAUCGACCGCUGGGUCACCUCAUCCCAGUGGAUGGCGGCAACUUUAUAGUUCAGCAGGAUGUGCAGUUCGCCCAGCCCGUCCAGGUGAACCGAUUGCUCAUCAAUCAGCGUCUCAAUCACAUACAUGUAGAUCGCCAGCGCUUUGAUGUGUUACUUAGGCAGGCGAAUUACACCCAGGUUAUUCAGGGAUCAAAGAGAUUCGAGAAUAUACGGGUUCUGGAGCCAAUUACCAUUGCGGGUCCCAUGAGCGGAGCUGAACUAAGAGCCAUGUCACCGGCAAAGGUAACUCAUCAGCCGCUGCAACUUCAAGGGGAUUUCGUAAUAGAUGGCGAUGUUACCAUUGGAAGAUUGCUGCAAAUGAGGGAUUUGGUGGAUGAACCCACUCAAAGAUCAGCAGCGGAAGUCUUAGCUCGCAGUUUGCGGCUGGAUAAGCCCCUGGAGAAUGUUAAUCUCAACUUUUUGGAGCCCCUUAGGGCCAACAAUACAGAGCUAAGCUUCCUCAACACCCGAGACUUGCAGAAUCUGGUUAAGCUAAAUGUGGAUGAAGUGCAGGUGGUGGAGGGUAUGAAGGUGUUUCCCCAAAACCUUCAGAUCAGCGAGGGCUUUGGCGAAGUCAAGUGGCUGAAUGGCAUCGAUGUGGAGAAGCUGCCGGAAACCUUGCUAACCAAGAGUGGCAACCAAACUAUUUUUACACCAAUAGAGUUGCAGGGAGUGGAAGUGGAGCAAGUGAAUACAUCCCAGAUAGCAUUAAAUGGCUUGGGGCUAGAGGAAUACCUUCAAGUUAGUGGGGAUCAGCAAUCGAAAGCCUCCCUGUUUGUAGGCUACUUGGAUGCUGGGGAAUUGAGUCUGGAGGAUCUCCACCUAAAUGGGCUGCUCUUUGGCCAACCUCUGUCCUCGAUCCUGGCACAUGGUAGCCAAAACCUGGACAGCUGGCAUCUGCCGCCCCAUUUUAAUGGCACCAUUUAUGCCCAGAAUCUUUGGCUCAGCGGAACCAUUAACCAGGUGAGUGUGACCCACUUGGAGCAGCAGUUGCAGCAGCUGGCAGGCAACAUAAAGUACGUGGGUGACUUUAACUUUGGCCACCCGGUGAAUAUAAGUUCUCUAAGCUUUGGCAAUGCCCUAAAUGGCAUCCCAGCGACUCAAUUUGGCAGCUCUUGGCUGGAGUCCGAGGGAGAUCAGAACUUUACGGCUCCCCAGGAGCUGGCAUCACUGGAGAGCAAAAAAGGUGUUUGGCUGAAGGGGCAACUCAACAAUUAUACCCUGGAUGAUCUGGUCAACCGUAGCUACAGGCUCAAUGCCUCGGAGCACCUAAAGGCAGUGCGAUUUGAAAAUCCCAUUCUCUUGCAAUCGGAGCUCCAAGUGGGUCUCUUAAAUGGGCUGCGCGUGCCGGAGGAUGUGCUUUACCAGAAUACUAAUGGAGGUUACCUCUCCACUCCCGUUGGCAUUGAGGGCAAUCUAGAGGCUUCGGACUUGUGCAAUAUAUCCACGUUAAAUGGCUAUCCUUUGGACAAGCUAAACAACUAUUUAAAUGACCAACAUCUGGACACUUUUCUGGCUGAGAAUGUAAACUUUUCCACGGCCCCCACUUACAAACUGCUGAAUGGUCACAAGCUGGACAAUCUCUUGGACCAAGUGUGGCUGGACAAUGAGGAUGUAGAGCUCAGUGGAGUCCAACUGGAGACGGGCAACUUUGAAGGCCUGCUGGAGUUCCAGGGACCCAUCAACGGGCGUCAGGUGGAGCACAUCAGGCGACACUACCUCAGCCGGACGCGCGGCCAGCAAGUGAAAACUCCCCUCAGCUUCCAGCAUGACGUCACGUUCGCACAGCCUCCGACGGCGAACGUUGUGGAACUACGUGGCAAUGCCGCCAGCGACAGUGCCGUACUUGUGGAGGGCACCAGCACCAGCACCGGCAACUUUUCUUUGAACUUUGAUGAUUUUGUGGCAAACUCUUUAAAAACCGCCGGACCCCAUACUAUUAGCGGAAAAUGGACCCUGCCGGAAGCCUUAGUUUCCGGAAAUUUAAACAAAGUCAUUGUUAAUCAACUUAAUUUAGCUGCAGAUGUUCUUAGGAUUAGCAAAGAUAAUGCUUCUUAUCCAACGAUCCUUGAGGCCCCUAAAACCGUUGAUAGCGCCAGUUUAAAUCGCCUCUAUGUCACGCCAGAUAGUCAGGUGGCAGAGGUCCCCAUGGCCAAGUGGAUCAACGAGGCGGCCUAUAUCUAUGGAAAUCACAGCAUAGCGGGAGUAACUCAUCUGGAAAACGUCAAUCUUUACAAUGAUCUUCGUGUCAAAGGACCCGUAAAUGGUGUUCUUUGGCAUCCGGAUAAACUCCUACUGCGCGACAAAGACCAAGAGAUGCAGGGAUCCCUGUUGGUGGCCAACAGUCUACCGGAGCAGCAACGAAUCUUUACAAACAAUGUAGAGAAUCUCCAAGUGGACUUUGUCAAUGGACUGCCAGUGAACGAAUUGUUGGUCAACAAGGCUCAAAACCGACCGAAUCUCCACGUAGAGAGUCAACUGGUCUUCACCCAGCCGCUAACCGUGGGCCAUUACGAGCUGGGGAACGGGAUAGGUCCGUCGGAUAAAUAUUUCAAAAGGAAACGGGAGGUGGACUCGAAUUCUGUAGAUUUCCAGCAGCUGCAGGAAAACGUGGAUGCUGUGAAGAAUAGAUUGGCUAAGCCCCCGAAAGUCCUGGAGAACUUUGCCCUAGUGCAGCAGCUACCCCAUAACGUGGAUCAUCUUCAGGUAUAUCCCUCCGGAAGCCAUGAUAUACUGGCCAUCAGCGAGAGGGAUUCCAACAAAGUUAUCUCCUAUGCCUGGCAUCCGGAUAAACACCGAUUCGUGACCGUUUCAAGCUUGUCAACACUGCCACAGCUUCGUAAGCAAGACUCGGAGCGAAUUCCACAGGACGACUCAUUCUCUGCGAUAAAGAGACUACAGCUUAGCCUGUUCACAUUCCAAUGUGUGGGGCUUCAAGAAGCGGAGAACAUGGUAAUCGAAUGCCUGGACAAGCACAACAAUAGCCGAAAAGCCAUUAUAAUUGCCAGACGAAAUGCCAAACAGUUGCUAGCAGUGGCCAAUGAUUCAGAUGAUACGUCCAUUCUGCUGAGAACCUCAAAGGCUGUGGAGCUAUGGAAAUGGAGCAACGGCAAUUACUCUUUGGUGAGGAGCCUUCUGGACGGGCAGCAGGUGGAGCACAUGACGCUGAUGCAACGUGGACCCGGUAUGGAGAGCGGUUUCUUGGCGAUAGUGGCUUCAGCAGAGAUUCGGAUUUACAGGUUCCACAGCGACGACUUUCAGCUAGAUCAAGUCUUGGAGCUUCAAGACACCCAUCAGGCGCGAAAAGUGCGCUUUAUGCACUUGCCAGAGUCCGAGGAUCUGCUGCUGUGCGUUUCCAAUCAACCACAUCAACCGCUCACCAUUUACCAGCAUCGCGGAGCCGCAGGAUUCCAGAAAAUCCUCGGCGAUAGUGUCCUGCUUGAGGCUCAAUCUUUGGACGUGCUCCAGCUGCCCGUCAAUAAGCUGCAACUGCUGUCUGUGGCCACGGCCGAAUCAGUAUACUUGGUACAACCGCAGUUUACCACACUUUAGGUCACUUAUAGUUCACAUUGAUUCGUUAACACUUGUUUUGUUGUUUUUUUCUAAAUAAAAAUUUACUUUUUAUUAA